GAGAAGUAGGGUUGUUCUUAACUGCUUCUAUCUUCUGUCUGUCUAUAUAGUUAGGUUUUCCACUUGAUUGGGUGUGUCUGCUUCAUUUUUGGUUAUGAUUAGUUGAUAUGUUAGCGGGUUUCGUUGAUCGGAUCUAGUAGCAUCGUAGCGGUUUGUCUUUGAUUUCUUUUAAGGUUUUGUGUUGAUGAUAGUUUAAAGCAAUUGUACUAUGUUUCCUUUUUCUUAAAAAUGGUUGAAUUUGUUAACAAUAAUUUCGGAAUUUGAUAUUUUUGUAAGGGUUGAGCGGUUUCUGAAUGUGUUUCCUGCUUUGAUUUUGGCUUGCUAAGUAUCUAUGUACUCUGUUUCCUUUAACAUUCAGAAAAGCAUUUCGAAAUUGAUUUUUUUUUUCUAUGUGUGUAGUUUGAUUUGGAUUCUGAAGGUGGCUUUUUUUAUGUUUCUGUGACUCACUGUUUGUUUUCGCAGGGUUUUCAAUAUGGUGAGGAAGAAGAGAACUGAUGGUCAGUUUGAAGGAGGUGAAGGGUCUGGUUCCCGUGAAGCUGCUCCAGCCUCAGCUGGUGGUUAUCAGCAGGGGAGAGGAGGAGGAGGACAGCAGCAAGGUGGAAGAGGUUAUGGUCCUCAUUCUCAACAGGGAGGUCGCGGUCGUGGAUAUGGCCAACCACAACAGCAGCACGGUGGAGCAAGAGGAGGCCAACCACCACAACAGCAGCAGUACGGUGGACCAAGAAGAGGUCAACCGCCACAACAGCAGCAGUACAGUGGACCAAGAGGAGGUCAACCACCGCAACAGCAACAGUAUGGUGGACCAAGAGAAGGCCAACCACCACAACAGCAGCACCAACAGUACGGUGGACCAAGAGGAGGACCUCCUCGAGGUGGUGGUCGUGGAGGUGCAUCCUCUGCUGGACUGCCCCAGAGACAAUCAGUUCCCGAUCUGCAUCAAGCUAACUUACCAACUCAUCAAGCGGUGUCUUCUCAGCCUACACCGUCUGAGGUGAGUCUUACUCAGAUGCCGGAUCCUCCUGCUCCGGUACAAGAAUUUGAACAGCUCUCUAUUGAACAAGGAGCUUCCAGUCAAGCAAUCCAGCCCAUUGCAUCUUCCAGCAAAGCUUGUAAGUUUCCACCGAGGCCUGGUAAAGGACAGGUCGGCAAGCGAAUCAUGGUAAAGGCCAACCACUUCUUUGCCGAGUUGCCUGAUAAAGAUUUGCACCAGUAUGACGUAACCAUUACUCCGGAAGUUACAUCAAGGGCUGUUAAUCGUGCCGUGAUGAAACAGUUGGUUGACUUGUACAAAGAAACACAUCUUGGAAGGCGUCUUCCUGCAUAUGAUGGGCGAAAAAGUCUGUACACUGCUGGACCGCUUCCGUUUGUUUCGAAGGAAUUCAGAAUCUUACUUCAGGACGAGGAAGAAGGGGCUGGGGGACAAAGACGAGAAAGGGAGUUCAAAGUUGUGAUCAAGCUAGCUGCCCGUGCUGAUCUACAUCACCUAGGAUUGUUUUUACAGGGAAAACAAGCUGAUGCCCCGCAGGAGGCUCUUCAUGUUCUUGACAUUGUUCUUCGUGAGCUGCCAACCUCCAAGUAUACUCCUGUGGGCCGGUCAUUUUAUUCUCCGCAUAUAAGAACAAAGCAAUCAUUGGGGGAUGGCUUGGAGAGCUGGCGUGGAUUCUAUCAAAGCAUUCGUCCUACACAGAUGGGCUUGUCACUCAACAUUGAUGUGUCAUCUACAGCAUUCAUAGAGGCACUUCCUGUUACCGAAUUUGUCUGCUGGUUGCUGGGUAGGGAUAUUAGAUCCCGGCCUUUAUCUGAUGCUGAUCGUGUCAAGAUAAAAAAGGCGCUUAGAGGUGUAAAGGUUGAAGUGAACCAUAGAGGAAACAUGCGCCGAAAGUACCGCAUUUCGGGCCUGACUGCUGUGGCCACUCGAGAACUGACAUUUCCUGUGGAUGAAAGAAAUACCCAGAAAUCUGUUGUUGAAUACUUCUACGAAACAUAUGGCUUUCUCAUUCAGCACACGCAGCUACCAUGCUUGCAAGUUGGGAAUUCUAACAGGCCAAAUUAUUUGCCAAUGGAGGUCUGCAAGAUUGUUGAGGGCCAGAGGUACUCAAAAAGGUUGAACGAGAGACAGAUCACUGCUCUGCUGAAUGUGACUUGUCAGCGCCCCCAAGAACGUGAAAAAGAUAUCUUGAAUACGGUAGGGCUCAAUGAUUAUGAUAAGGAUCCCUAUGCUAAGGAGUUUGGCAUCAAGAUAAGCGCAUCCAUUGCUUCUGUUGAGGCUCGAAUUCUGCCUGCUCCAUGGCUCAAGUAUCAUGAUUCUGGAAAGGAAGGGGCUUGUCUGCCGAAAGUUGGACAAUGGAAUAUGAUGAAUAAGAAAAUGAUUGAUGGAGGUACAGUGAGCAACUGGAUCUGCGUCAACUUCUCUAGGCAAGUGCCUGACGAUCUGGCACGUGCUUUCUGUCAGGGACUUGCUCAGAUGUGCCACACCUCUGGAAUGGCAUUUAAUCCGGAACCAGUCCUUCCACCAGUCAAUGCUCGCCCUGAGCAAGUCGAGAAAGUCUUGAAAACUCAAUAUAAUGAUGCCAUGGCCAAGCUCUCUAAAGGAAAAGAGAUUGAUCUCCUUAUUGUCAUCCUCCCAGACAAUAAUGGAUCACUAUAUGGUGAUCUGAAGCGCAUCUGUGAGACCGAACUCGGCAUUGUGUCUCAGUGCUGCCUGACUAAGCAUGUCUUUAAGAUGAGCAAACAGUAUAUGGCUAACGUGGCUUUGAAAAUUAAUGUCAAAGUUGGAGGAAGGAAUACUGUACUUGUUGAUGCCUUAUCUAGGCGAAUUCCUCUAGUCAGUGAUCGCCCCACCAUAAUCUUCGGUGCUGAUGUAACACAUCCUCAUCCUGGAGAGGACUCGAGCCCGUCCAUUGCUGCCGUCGUCGCUUCCCAAGACUGGCCCCAAAUUACGAAAUAUGUUGGUUUGGUUUGUGCUCAAGCGAAUAGACAGGAGCUCAUUCAGGAUCUCUUCAAAGAAUGGAAGGACCCGCAGAAAGGGGUAGUGACCGGUGGCAUGAUUAAGGAGUUACUUCUCGCCUUCUAUAAAUCAACUGGUCAUAAGCCGUUAAGGAUCAUAUUCUACAGGGAUGGAGUCAGUGAAGGACAGUUUUAUCAGGUUCUGCUCUAUGAGCUUGAUGCCAUCCGCAAGGCAUGUGCUUCGCUGGAAGCAGAGUAUCAGCCAACAGUAACGUUUGUGGUGGUGCAGAAGCGCCAUCACACGAGACUAUUUGCUCAUGAUCACAAGGACGUCAGAUCAGUGGACAGAAGUGGAAACAUAUUACCAGGAACCGUCGUGGAUUCCAGUAUCUGUCAUCCCACGGAGUUCGACUUUUACCUCUGUAGCCAUGCUGGUAUUAAGGGCACUUCCCGACCUGCUCAUUACCACGUUCUUUGGGAUGAGAACAACUUCUCUGCAGAUGGACUCCAAUCUCUGACCAAUAACUUGUGCUACACGUAUGCGAGAUGUACUCGUUCUGUAUCCAUUGUGCCGCCUGCGUAUUAUGCUCAUCUAGCAGCGUUCAGGGCUCGGUUCUACAUGGAGCCAGAGACAUCAGACAGUGGUUCGAUGGCUAGCGGGAGCAUGGCACGGGGAGGUGGCAUGGGUGGUAGAAACACACGUGGGCCAAACGUGAACGCUGCAGUGAGACCACUCCCACCUCUAAAAGAUAAUGUGAAGCGCGUGAUGUUCUACUGCUGAUUCGAUUCAGCUCCUAUAUAUCCCUAUUUUAUCUCGUAUGAGCUAUUAAGACUCGUCGCCAAAUAAAUUGUUUGCUUUUCCAAGACUGAACUCGUGUCGUGUCUUAUGUCUUAUAAAUUGUUUGCUUUUACUGAACUCGUGUGGUAUCUUAUGUCUUAUGUCUCUACUGAACUCGUGUGGUGUGUACUUUCUUAAGUUGAGUAAAGUUUGUGUGUUUGGAUA